CUUACCAAAUUUUGUAAACCUAUAUUCAACUUCUUCCUCAAGAAUUCAACAAUUUAUAAUACUCCUACUAAUUUUUUUUUAGCCUAGCGAAACUAUCGGAGUCUCACCGAUACGCGCUUAUAUAUAUAUACACACACACAAUCCUAUAUAGAGAAAGAAAUAUGGUGACUUUAGUAGUUGCCACCACCACCGAUCCUGCCUCAAUCGGCCCUGCCACCGCCUUAUUGGCCAUGCCCGGCUGGCAACCUGGCGCCUCCUUCCAGGGUAUCAGAAGUUUCAGAAAUGGAGAAGUGAGACUGUUAGAGCACGACAAAGGCAUUGUGGAAGAGGAUGACUUGGACAUGCGUUGGGAAGAAACCACCGGUGAGGUGGUCGACGAGCUCAUCUUCUUAAGCAAACACACCGCCGUCUCUAACCGCCCUGCCCUCACUGUACACCCAAUUGGAGUACCACAUUUGAGGGAAGGAGAUGUGCCACCACAAGGUGGGAAGCCUGGAUGGGCUGCACCACCGAGUCCUCGGAUAGCACCAUGGCUGAAACUCUUGAAGAAAAUCGCUGAAUCCCAUAAUCUAAUUCCUGAAUUUGAGAUUACUCUUGAGGCCACUCAUCAUGGACCUGUGACAAAUAAGCCAACCAUGUUUGCGGAGAUUGGUAGUACAGAGGAGUACUGGAGGAGGGAAGAUGCUGCUCAUGUUAUUGCUCUAUUAGUUUGGGAAGGACUUGGGCUUGGAGGAGGUGGUGCUGUUGGAAACUGGAACAGUAAGAACGAUAAAAACAAGGUCCUUCUUGGAUUAGGAGGUGGACAUUAUGUACCUCGGCACAUGGAUAUAGUUCUGAAAGAUGGUGUUUGGGUGGGCCAUCUGCUUUCUGGAUAUUCCUUGCCGAUGGAAGAUCCUAGCCAGUCAAAAGCAGAAACAGAUGCAGAUGUUGGUGGGACUUGGAAGCAAGCAAUAAAAGUUUCAUUUGAUGCUACAAAAGCAGCUUUCCCCGGUGGGGAAAUUUUGGCACAUCUUGAUCAGAAGAGUUUCAAGGGCUGGCAAAAAAAUGCUGUUACAAGGUUUCUAGGUGAACAGAAGAUUAAAAUUGGCAAACCUGGGGACUUCAGCUGAUUGUGAAAAUUGGUCAGGGCGAUUACUUUUCCCUUAUUUGGGCAAAUCUCGGAUUUUGGCAAACUUUUACCAAAUAUACUUUUACCAAAUAUAUUCAUCAUCGAUAUAAAUUGUUGUUACAGCACCAGCACUAUGUUCUAGUUCAUUUCUCUAGUAAUUCCAUCACCAUAUGCUAUGAACAAGUGCAACAGAAAGUAGAAAGUAGAGAAAAUGCGAAAGAAUUUGAACUCUGUAUGACAAUUGAGCAUAAGUUUUGCUGAUUUUCUGGUA